ACAUCAACUUAAAGCAAUGGCUCGGGUGCAUCCGCGCGCUAAUGAAGAAUGAAGACACUGUGGUUCCGGCCAGGUGGCCUCUCUCUUUCACUACCUAUCACUAUCGCUACCGGCACGUGCCCUCACUGGCGUGCGUCCAGAUUCCGAUGUGCAACAUGAUGACCACGUUUGUCGAAUCCCGCUCCACUCCGCUCAGCGCCCUCUCUAUGCAUCACGACUUUCCACAGCCUAGAUAAUCGUCUACAGUAGCACACUAUGCAGCUCGCGAGUCUUGUCGCUGCGCUAUUCUGCCUCGCGCCAGCCGACGCCGCCAGCAAACCCAAGGCCGCCAUCCUCCUAUCCCAGGUCCAAUCUCUCACCCUCCGAGGUCAUGGCGCCCAAACCACGCACCGGCGCGUGCCCUCUGCACCCCAGUUGAAAUGCCUUUCCCACCCGUCUCUCUGCGCCCUCGUCGAGCCACAUCUCGAUGUCAUGCGCUGCCAGAACAUGGGCUCGUCCUACGAUGAGGCCAACGUCGAGUGGUCUUGCACCGCCACCCUACCGGAUGAGGUCCGGCUGGGGAGUACAGACGUCAUCUGCGAGGGCUACGCGAGCUCAGACGACGAGUACGUGCUCAAGGGCUCGUGUGGCGUGGAGUACCGCGUGGCCUUGACAGAGGCUGGCGAGGCGCGCUAUCCAGACUUGGUGAACAAGAUGCAGCGGGGAAUCACGGGGCCUAGCAAUAUGUUUGGCUAUCUGUUCUGCCUCCUCUUUGUAGGUAUCGUAUGCUGGAUGUUUUACAAGGCAUGGACCAACACCAAUGCCCGUAUGGGCAACACCACCCGGCGAAGACAGCGCAGGGCCGGAAGACGUUUUGGAGGAGGAGGUGGAGGCUGGGGUGGUGAUGACGAUUAUGGACCAGGCGGCGGUGGUGGUGGGUUCGGCGCAGACACGGACAGCGACGCGCCUCCUCCGUACCCAGGAUCGAGCAGCAGAAAGUCGGCGCCGAGUGGUCGACAGCAGCAGGGGGAAGGCUGGCGGCCUGGGUUCUGGACAGGUCUGGCCGCGGGCGGUGCCGCAGCUUAUGCCGCGAGGGGAUCCUCGUCUAGGAACAACAACAACAACAACAGGCGGCAAGGUGGUGGCUUCUUUGGAGGCGGCGGCUCAUCGUCCUCCUACGCCUCUGGUUCCAGGAGUGGUCCCUCUGGGUCGACGCACGAAAGCACUGGGUUUGGAAGCACCAGCCGUCGGUAGGCAUGUAACACGCGCCAUGUGAGUACUUGCAAGAUCUUAGGACUUGUUUGUAGCAUUGAGCAAGUACUUAGUGCACGCAUAUCCCGCUAUAUGUGAACCGAUGACUGCAGCAGCUGUCACGCGGUCAAGUCCAUGCCAAGAAUAUCCAACACCGCCAACUCCGGACCCGCCAACCCUCUCCCAUAUUGUGUUACGCCGGUAGCAAAGCGCUUAUAUACAAGGCGACUCGGGCCUCAACACGGCCGUCGUCCACGCAUGGUGGUACAUGAAAAGCAAAGAGCUCUUCCUCUUCUAAGAAACCAUUGUU